CCCCCAUUUGCCUGGGUGUGUCGGGCUCCUGGACCCCUCCGAGGCUGGCAGAGGGGAUGGCCGGCAGCAGCGAGAAGAUCACCGGGGAAGUGGAAUCCAGGACCAGGGGGACAUUUGCGGACCGGAAAUAAGCACAGGGCAGAAGAACCACCAAGAUACUGGCGGAGGCAUGGGGCAUCACCGAGACCUGUCAGAAACCUAGUUAAAUGAACUGCACCAGGGACUUGUAAGAGCUUCCAGAUGGGAGGAGGGAGGACCAGAAGAGAUCAGAACAAGGUAUCUGGGCCUUGAAUGUGAAGAAGAACUCUUUAAUGAUGGAGGUGAUUGAAGCAAGAAAGGCGAAGAGAGACAAAGAACUCACAGAGAACAUCGGGCUUCCCCUGAGUCUGCUUGAAAAGCACAGCCCGUGGCCAGCCUAUGUCACCUACACGUCCCCGAUGGUGAAAAAACUCAUGGAGAAAAGCAAAGCCAGGGACCUGGGUUCUAUGCAAGCACUUGAAGAAAGCCAGCGGGCCUCAAGGCAGAGCCAACCUUCCGGCAUCGUGCAGCUGAAAAGGAGAAAGUCAUCUAAGUCCUCCGGAGACACGAUGUCCAAGGACAGGAGGUCAGAGACCAUGUUAUCGGUAUGGAGCACGUAUUCGGCGACGAGCCUGGGGCCCGCCGUCAUGCCCGAACCGAUACGCUUUCAUACGGAGUCCAGAGAAAACCCCACUGCAAACUAUAACAAGAUCAUCUUCUCUCGAAAACCUAUGAUGAGGACCCUUCCAUACGGCUCACUUCUAGCCAACAAGGAGACACAUUCGAAUAUUUAGCAGGGAAUCCCUGCAACCACCCACCGCCCUCCCUUCCCAAGACGGUACAGCAACGAAGCUCCAUUUGUCACCAA